CAGAACAAGUCCUGCUGCCUUAUACGCCAUUUGAUCUCUUCAGGCAUCGAGACCUCGGCCUCGAUAUACGAUCCUCCACGACAACGACCUCGACAACUUGUCCACGACCAACUAACUCCUCGUAACCUUGGACCGAACUUCUCGAACGACCUUCUUUAAACGACUUCCAUAGCAACCUCACCUGGACCACCCUCCAACCCGAACCCAAUCUCAAUACCAUAACAAUGUUCUCCCUCCCCCUCCUCCCCCCCUCAACAAUCCCCUCCCCACACACCCUCCACAACCACCGCCCUCGAUCUCCCUCCCCACCACCCUCAGGCCCCCAAACCGCCCGCCACCGACAAGCCCGCGACGAAGCCAAACGACUCCUCCACGCCCGCUCUGCCCUCGCCACUCUCUCCUCCGAAGAAUCCCAAAUCGCCGCCCGAAAAACUUCCGUCCGCACCUAUGGCGCAACCUGGAUUCGUCCUCCGGGGGUUCCGAAGACAUUACAAGCGAUGACGGAAGAGGAAGCCGAGAGGGUGGAAGCGGAAGAGGAAGAGAGGAGAGCACGAGGCGUGGCGGAUUUGGAAGCUCAACAAGCACUUCAGGAGGCGAGGGAGGCGGCUGAGGAAGGUGGAGAGGAAGGGGAGGGAGAGAGGGAUCUAGAUGAUGAU